CUUCUGUGGUUGUUUGUUCUCUGCUUUACGGCUGAUUUCUGUCCCGGCCUCUCUUGUUUUUCAGAUGAGGGCAGGAAUGCAGUACACCUGGCAGGAGGGGCUCAGAUAGUAGCUGAACACAUUAAGUUCCUCUCCCAAAAUACUGAUCCGGAAAAAGAGAGACUCUUGGCUGUCUUUUGUGGCAUGCUGAUGAACUAUAGCAAUGAUAAUGAUACCUUACAAGCCCAGCUGAUUAACCUGGGUGUUAUUCCAACCCUGGUGAAGCUGCUGGGCAUCCAUUCCCACAACACCGCCCUGACAGAAAUGUGUUUGAUUGCUUUUGGGAACUUGGCAGAGCUGGAGUCCAGCAAAGAGCAGUUUGCUUCCACCAACAUUGCUGAUGAGCUGGUGCAUCUUUUCCAGAAACAGACAGAGCAUGAGAAGAAGGAGAUGAUCUUUGAAGUUCUGGCUCCGCUCGCUGAAAAUGAUGUUAUAAAACUGCAGCUGGUAGAGGCAGGCCUAGUGGAGUGUCUCCUGGAGGUGGUGGCUCAGACUGUGGACGGUGAGCGGGAGGAAGACAUUGCCCAGCUCAAGACUGCCUCAGACCUCAUGGUCCUUCUGCUACUCGGGGAUGAGUCCAUGCAGAAGCUGUUUGAGGGAGGAAAAGGCAGUGUCUUCCAGAGGGUCCUGUCCUGGAUCCCAUCCCACAACCACCAGCUGCAGCUCGCCGGGGCUUUGGCCAUCGCAAACUUCGCCCGCAACGACGGGAACUGCAUCCACAUGGUGGACACUGGGAUUGUUCAGAAACUUCUGGAGCUGUUGGAACGCCAUGUUGAAGAAGGCAAUGUGACGGUGCAGCACGCAGCGCUCAGCGCCCUGCGGAACCUGGCCAUACCUGUGGUGAACAAAUCCAAAAUGCUGUGUGCCGGCGUGGCAGACGUGGUGCUGAAGUUCCUGCAGUCAGAGAUGCCUCCAGUCCAAUUCAAACUACUGGGAACAUUACGAAUGCUCAUCGAUACUCAAGCUGAAGCCGCAGAGCAGCUGGGAACCAAUGGGAAGCUGGUUGAAAGGCUAGUGGAGUGGUGUGAAGCCAAAGAUCACGCGGGGGUGAUGGGCGAGUCCAACCGCCUGCUGUCGGCUCUGAUCCGACACAGCAAGUCUAAGGAAGUUGUCAGAACUGUGAUCCAGAAAGGAGGAGUCAAGCAUUUAGUAACUAUGGCAACCAGUGAACAUAUGAUUAUGCAGAACGAAGCACUGGUGGCUCUGGGGCUUAUAGCGGCGCUGGAUUUGGUUGCAGCUGAAAAGGACUUUGUUGGAGCCAACCUUGUGUCGGUGCUUCACAAGUUGCUGUCUGAUGAAAGGAGCGCACCAGAGAUAAAAUAUAACUCCAUGAUCCUCAUCUGUGCAGUCAUGGGCUCAGAGCCUCUUCACAAGGAGGUGCAGAGCCUGGCGUUUAUUGACGUGGUGUCCAAACUGAGAUCUCAUGAAAACAAGACUGUGUCGCACCAGGCCUCGCUCACAGAGCAGCGGCUUACUGCCCAGAGCUAAAUGACUGUGUCCACUCCCAACACCUCCAACACCCCAACACUCCUGAAUGCCUGCCUGACCACCCAACACCUCAUGACUGCUCCCCCAUUGUGCCCCAUCGUCACGUGCCAAGGUACCGCAUCGCGUUAACUGCCAGCCAGACAUCUGCCCCUCUCCAUCCUUUGUCCCCUCAGCCUCAGUCUUAGAAACAAACAGUAAAACAUUUUAUAUUCCAGAGCUACUGUCAUUUGUAACUGAUGUAGAAACAAACAGAUUUUACCCAGAUGUGUUAUAUUUAGGUCAAGAAAUCUUCCAAGACUUCAGAGGAUUCACGUUGUUUCUGUUUGAAAGCCAUAAAAAUGAUUCAGUUGGAGUGUCUCCUUCCACACCUAUAUCCUUAUGUGGACAGACUUCCCACCAGUGAUGAACUGAUAUUUGACCUGAGGUAAUAUCUGAGUCCAAACUAAGAUUGCCCCCAUGUGUGCAUGUAUGUUCUGCCUCAAGCCUGAAGCAACAGAAGAAGAGACAACGCUCUUUAAGACCACAGCUGUGACACCAGUAAUCCACCAAACCAGGUAGAAAGAAUUUUCAAAAGUA